GCAUCCCGUUCAAUUUGUGUUGAUAACUCGCUGGCGAGAGAACAGUGGUGUUGACGGCGUGUCUAUCGAACAAAUUUGAUUCAAAAUAUUACGAAAUAAUUUUUAAUUAGUUACCAGUCUUAAAGUGUGCUAAACGAAACAGAAUAGAAAAAAACAGUUAAAUAAAAUAUUUUCGAUAAAAUUUUUUCAUGCUAGACAAUCUUAAUUCAAAACGUAAUAUUUUCGUGUGAAUAACGGAAAAAAACAAAACAAAUAAUAAAAUACAAACUAAAAACUAAAGAAAAGUGAAAUAAAUUAAAAGUUGUAAAAAUGUCGGCGGCACGCAUGCGCAACAAGUUACAUAGUGACUUUGGCUUCAAGUUAACAUUGCUGCCAUUAGUUUGGUUGUUGCUGUUUGUGCAACUUGCACUGCAAUUGGCUAAUACAAGUGCUGCCAAAGAUUUGCCGUCUAACUUUGACAAGUGCAAACGCGACGCUAACUUUGACAAAUGCCUAGUGGAUGCUGUGAACAAUGCGAUAUUGCUGCUCAAAGAUGGCAACAAGGAGUUCGGCAUACCACCACUAGAACCACUCGCUGUUAAAUCGCUAGUCAUUGACUCCGGCAAUGCACCUAUUACGCUAAAGCAGACCAUGAAAAAUUUACUCGUGCAUGACAUGAUCUCGACCAGCAAAGUACAACGCUAUCGCACUGAUCUGACUAAUCAUCUGAUCAUUUGCGACAGUAAAACCGAUCGCAUUGAAAUGGUUGGUGAUUAUGAAAUGUCAGGACGCAUACUACUACUACCUAUAACGGGUAAUGGCAAAGCAAAUAUGACAUUGAUCAAUACACGUAUCGAACAUCGGCUCAUUGGUGAACCCUUCAUGCGCGAUGGCGUCAAAUAUAUGCGUUUGAAGGAGUACCGUGUCGACUUGAAUCCCAAACGUGUCUAUCUACAAUUCGAUAAUCUCUUCAAUGAUCGCUUACUGUCACAAACAAUGAAUCGAUUCUUGAAUGAUAACUGGGAGACAGUAUUCAAUGAACUGAAGGUUGGCUAUGCGCGUAGUUUUGGUAAAAUUUUCCGUGAUAUCUCGAAUAAGCUAUUUGAGGAAAUACCAUUCGACUCGAUAUUCUUGAGUUCUUGAAUAGGUGGCGCUCUAAAAUAAGUGUGCAACUGAAAUGUCUUUGAGCUGGGUAUUUUGAUUUUAGUAUUUAAUAAAGAUUAUAUAGAUAUUAUUAUAAGAAGAUGUGAGUGAGUACGUUAAAUUGAAUUAUUCUUGAAUUUAUUAUGUAUAGCUAUAUGUAAGCGCGUAAAUUAAGGCACACACAUUGUAAAUUUAUAUAUAAAAUAUAUGUAUUUUACUAUAAAAA